AUGGCAUCAACCGUGGCUUCAGAGUACUCGAAUGAGGUAAAAAAUGUGCCCAUUGAACACCAAUUUAACCCAUAUUCUGAUAACGGUGGUACAAUUCUCGGGAUCGCUGGUGAGGACUUUGCAGUUAUAGCAGGUGACACAAGAAACACAACGGACUAUUCGAUAAAUUCGAGAUACCAGCCUAAGGUGUUCGACUGUGGUGACAACAUUCUGUUUUCAGCCAAUGGGUUUUCUGCAGAUGGUGACGCCCUAGUGAAACGAUUCCAAAAUAGUUUGAAAUGGUAUCACUUCGACCACAAUGACAAGAAGCUAAGCUUAAAGUCUGCCGCUAGAAAUAUUCAACAUCUGCUAUAUGGGAAGAGAUUUUUCCCAUACUACGUUCACACAAUUAUAGCUGGUUUGGAUGAAGAAGGAAAAGGUGCUGUAUUCUCUUUUGACCCCGUGGGAUCCUAUGAAAGAUCUCAAUGUAUUGCAGGAGGUGCCGGAGCUUCAAUCAUUAUGCCAUUUCUAGAUAACCAAGUCGACUUUAAGAACCAGUACGUCCCCGGUAGCCACGGCACAGAACGUCGGAAAGCGCAGUAUCUGACUGUUGACGAGGUGAUCAAGCUUGUACGUGACGCGUUCACCUCUGCUACCGAAAGACACAUUCAUGUAGGUGAUGGAUUGGAAAUCUUGAUUGCCACGAAAGACGGCGUUCGGACGGAAUAUUUCCCACUAAAGAGAGAUUGA